CUUUGUCUCAUAACCAUCUAGACUGAAUACUUUUCUUUGACCAGCUUGAAUUGUUUCAACACCUUUCAUGCAACGUUCAACCUGUUAACGGCUCAACGAUACGAUUGCAAUUCUUUCCAUAUCAGCAUAUAUAAUCGCGCGCGUAUCAAGUUUCAACUGAUCAUUAUCAAUUCCACAACAACAUCAUGUCCGAGUCGAUGUUCGGCUCUCCUUCUCAUCUUUUAAGUGCCGACUUUGCGUCUGAGUCAGUGCAGGCUGGCAAUGGGGCCUGUAUACCGGCCCCUGUUCACCAACCACCACCUACUUUUACAGAUGUCCAAUUCGUUACCAUCGGAAAACCGCCCGAUUUACUCAGUCGCAUUUCUGCGCCUGAUCCGGGUCAAAUGUCCUUUCGUUCUCCCUCACCAGCAACGUUGCAUCCUCCACCCCCAGUGCCCACCCGUACCCCAAAUUCGCGAAAGCUGGCUGAGCGGAUUCAAAUGGGUCCUUCACAACUUAACUCGUCAGCAAAAUCCCAAAAUCUUCAUUCAACAUGUGGACCACCCCCUCCACCACGGAUAAAUCGCAACCGUUACGUUCCUGCAAACCCUCAUCUAAUUCCUCCGAUUGAGGUUCUCCCGACUGCUUCCGAGUCAAACAUGUCGCAAAUGCAAGCCCCUACCAAUGCUGCCGCCAACAAAGUCAGAGAGGCAUUAACACCUGAGCUCGUCUACCCAGGCUCAUCUCUUGUAACUCCGACCACUGAACAACCCAAUCAUGACAUCUUGUCGUCGUCCAUUCCGUCUGGGUCGCCUAAACCACAUUUUUCCGUAGGAUUCUUUCCUCACGCAACUCCGAGUCCACCCUCGUCAACGCCAUCAGCAUAUCUUUCUCCGAAUUCUAAAAUGGCUGGGACCAGCUCAAACCAUGAUCCAGACGUCGUGCAGUCUGAAACAUCGCAAGAGCAAACCGCACAAGACGCUUUAUAUGCCAGGCUUCUAGAAAAGAGCAAAAUUUUAUCCCUUGCCCUUCCUACAUCGCCUAUCAGGACCCCAUCCCCAUCUGCACCGCCUUCGAAUGUACCCGAGUUGGCUGCCGGCCCUCGCAAUGAAACGAAUGUGGAGGAGCUUGGCGCCAUUGUGCUUCGACACCCGUAUCCUCACAGCGCUUGCAAUUCCAAGGGUUCCCUAGAUCGAGAAAUAUUACCAAUUGAUGAUGGUAACACCCUUACUUUGACGAGUUCACGAUCUUCAGAUAUGCCAGCCUUGCGUAGCACCCGCAUUAGUGAGUCAUUGGUUGAAGUCAUCAAGAAUCUUCACUCCGUCGCCGAGGACGCUGUCAAACUGCACUCUGAUGCGAACCAAGUAUUUGAGGCAGAACGCAUAGACUUCGAUGAACGCCGAAGGGCAUUCGAGGAACACAUGUUGACGAGGGAGGCAGAAUACGAAGCUCAGAUGAAAACCUUGCAGAAGAAGCUGGAGGAGUUAGGCACCAGAGAGGAGAGACUCGUGGCGCUGGAGGAGGAAUCGCGACUCCGAGAGGAAACGAGAUGCGCUCGGGAUGCUCAACGCCGUGCGCGAGACGAUCAGCGAAGGUUCGAGGACGAGUUAAGACGGACGGCCAUCCAGGAAGAGAUCGAUGAAGCGAUGAAGCUUCUCCAAGAAGUAAUGUCUGAGAAGACACGGUGGGAGGCAGAGAAAGAGCGUGCCGAGAGAGAAAGGACUCUGGCUCAAAACAGCGCAGCACUACUUCAGUUUUCUGCUGAUAUCGAGCCUCCUGUCGAGAAGGAGGAUGGUAUGACUGAAGAAGAGAUUAAGGCGGUCGAUGACUAUAACAAGGCUCUGUCCUACCAACUCGAGUUGACCGAGAAUCUGAAGAAACGGAUCACUCGGACUCGUCAAUCUUUCGAUGCGCUCCAGUAUCUGAAGCAGAAGCGUUUUCAGGCUGCCGAAGCAGAACGUCAGCAAGUCGAAGAGGAAGCACAGAGGCGAAGAAUCCAGGCCGAAGAGACUGCGAAACGGGCUGAUGAAGAACAAAAACUGUGGCGCAGAGAGCUCCUCGCUCAGCAGUCAGCACACCCAGAGGCACAGUCGCAGAACCCCCAGCCUGAUGCGCAGACUGAAUUUAAUAGGCUUCGCGCUCAAGUGCUUGCGAACAAACAGCAGGCCACUUCAGAAAAUGCUGCUCGCAUCCGCGCUGAGCGUGCCGGACGCCUGGCGGUCUCUACGACUGAUGGUGAUGGCCUGAAAGAUAUGAAUGUGGAGGUGGAAGUCGACGAAUUAGCAUCGCCGCUCGACCAUACUGUACCAUUACCGGGUCAACAAGAUAUUACGUCAAAAAAGCCUGCCUCGCGAACAAAUAAGACAUCUUGUUCUCAGGGAACUUCGGGCAAUGUUAUGUUUAGUGCACCACCAACCUCGGACGGUCCUCCUUCAUCGUCAAUGUCGACCCCCGCAUCAUCAUCAUCAACUGUCUCAGCCUCCUAUAAGACGCCCUCGUUUGUAUCGGCUUCCACUGACAUUGGGAGACAGGUGAUCACAGAUGUGCCUUUGUAUUCGACUCAACUGGCUUCUGAAUUCCCUCUGGUUUUGUCCAUUUCUCCCCUACCAAAUGGGCCACCUCCGACUUCUAAAAAGGUCGCAUUGCCCAGCACUCCCAAGUCACGUACCAUCCUCGCUAGCGAUGGCAAUGAAUGGACUGAAUGGACUGUCAGUCAACAGGUGAAUCCCUCACCAGCUCAAAGAGAGGCAAAUUUGCGACACAUCAAGAAGAACAGGCACCGCGUCGAGGAGAGUGCUACUGGAGAUCGGAGCGUGAAGCGACCUGACGACUCGCUUCCUAUCAAGACGAUAAAAACAGAAGAAGUGGUGGUCGAGGAGUCGCACAAUCAAGAACGGACUAGCAGUCUCCUUGAGGAAGGGACAUCUGCGCGAUCUACCACGAAUGCCGUGUUUCACGUUUCAAACGACAAUCCACCGUCUGGUCGGGCCAAAAUUUCGAACAUUAAUGCUUCUCAAAUGAACGGUGUCCCUCAAACUUCCGUCGAACUUGUUGUCGGUCAAGCGCCAAGUGCGUAUUUGCGCUCCGAUGCUCGAGAUGGAUCAGCAGGUACAUCAGGGCCUGUGACAGGGCUCGCACCAAUCCGAAACAGCCCAGGUCCCUGGGUCAUGGAUGCCUCUGUAGUCCGUCAGGAAUCGACUUCAGAUGCCAUAUCCCCUCGUUCUGAGCCAUCGGAAUCUGCCUCUCGUCACGAUCCCAACCAACGCUCUAGACAGAAUUCUCACAUUAGUGGACAAACUAGAUCACCAGAACCCUCUGGUUUCACCUGCAGUAACGGUACCAGUGGCAAGUCUCGUAGCCAGCGCCAGCGAUGGGCUCCUCGUUAUCCAGACCAUUAUUCUCCCCCUCCCGCAUCUGCAACGUCAUCUCAUCAUCGGCACCUCGAACAGAAUGAAGCCGUAGCCCACGGGCUUCCCAUUCCUCCCCGUCCAAUGUCGCCGAUGAACAGUAGCAAAAAGAGGCCAGCGGAACACGAUAAUGAAUAUGACAAUCGUGAUCGCCGUCGACCACGAGGUGAUCAUUAUGUACCAGAACGAGACUAUCGGAAUUCUCGUGGACUCGCCCGUCACUCCCCUGCUACAGAAACGGAGUGGCGAAGGGGUCGUUCUACCUCACCAGAGCUACGCAGCUCAAUUCACGAUCGACUACGGUCACCCUCGCCCUCCCAUCAAAUCAGGCCGCACAUUGAGAGAGAUAGGCGUGGACGGAAUGAGGGCAGUCACAGACCGGACUACACCAACACCGCGGAUGUCCGGCGUCUCUCAGAUUCGGGAUACAGCAUGGAGGAGCGUCCCCCUCGCCGGGAAGAGCGUGAUCUUCUAGGGCGGAUUUCAGUUUCGGGAGGACGUGGAAACAUCAAUCGCGGCAGAGGGCGCGGUAAAGGUGAUAUUGGGAGAGGAAGGGGUGGUGCCGGUGGCCGAGGUCGACCACAACAGCCAUUGUCAUCGAGGCCCUUGGAGGAACGCAUCGCGAAAUAAGGUGAAAGUUUGGUAUUUGUAAGAUUUGAUGUUUUUCUCGAGUCUAUCUCUUCAUGUCCUGCAGCGAUCUCAUGCUCUCUAUGCUAUAUGUCAUUUUCUUCACUUUGC